CGCUGCGCAUGCGCAGACGGAUCUCGGCCAGCAGCAGCAGCAGCAGCAGCUGAUCAGAAGCUAUAGACAGUUUCUUUAUAAACCAUGGAGACAAUAUACAGUUUACCGUUCGCUCUGCUGGAAUGCCCCAACAUAAAGCUGAAGAAGCCGUCGUGGCUGCACAUGCCAUCGGCCAUGACUGUGUACGCGGUCGUGAUCGUGUCCUACUUUCUCAUCACAGGAGGUAUCAUCUACGAUGUUAUUGUAGAGCCACCAAGUGUGGGUUCAAUGACUGAUGAGCAUGGACACCAGCGGCCAGUUGCCUUUUUGGCAUACAGAGUAAAUGGGCAGUACAUUAUGGAAGGACUGGCUUCCAGUUUCCUCUUUACGAUGGGAGGCCUGGGCUUCAUAAUCCUGGACCGCUCCAACGCACCAAACAUUCCCAAACUCAACCGCUUCCUGCUGCUCUUCAUCGGGUUUGUCAGCGUUCUCCUCAGCUUCUUCAUGGCCAGAGUGUUCAUGCGCAUGAAGCUGCCAGGAUACCUCAUGGGCUAAGACAAAAAGAGCACUCUUGAUGGACGUACAGAGGACAUCAAAUGCAUCGGGGUUCAACUAAAAAUAUGGAUAUACGCAACCUUUGUUAUAAUCAACAACCAUUCAGGACAGAAAGCACUGACCUUGCUAAAGAAAUUAGACCUGGCUGCAUUUACAGUCUCACACUGGUGCUCACUGACUUCCUUCCCUCUAUUUCCCUCCAAAUUUCCAAGCAAACUGAUGCAGCAGAGGAUCAAAUACAUCACAGUUCCAGGCACAUCAUAGUGACCAAUUCGGUCAUGAUAUCCUCUCAGUAUAGUGUAUCUGUAGCAAACUUAAGAAAUUCAAUUUCACUUGUUACUAAAAGAAGCUAGAAGUGCCAUCAUGCAGCAGGUGAAAUAUCUUAGCCACUGGAGGAGAAAAAGGAAAGUAAGUCACUGAACACUGUUGGCAUGGAGCCACCGAUUUGGAAUCAGGAUUAGCACUGUGGGAAUCAUUUAGAGGGGAGUCUGAAUAAUUGUUAAAUUGUAUGUUUUUGUAAAGAAAAAAAGCCUUGAACGUGUCACAGUUGCAUUUUUGUACAAGAAUGUGAAAUAAAUCUUCUUUUCAGAGCU